UUCAGUUGUACAUUAGAACGGUCAAGAUGCAGUUUUCCGACUUGUGGUUGUUUGUACUGGCUUCGCUUUUCCUACCAAAAUCCAUUCUUAGUCAGUAUUGCUAUGUGCAAAUAAAGAAUCCAAUUGUUAGGACCAGCACCGUGCAAAAGAGCAAAGUAGAAACGUGCACAUACCAAUGCAGUUGGAGGUCGUAUUCAAAAAAUGUUUACGCAUACUACACACAAAACAUUUGCAACUUGGACUAUGAAAUAGAAACAGAGGUGGGUUGUUGUGAUGGUUACUAUAAAAAUGGUACGAACUGCAUCCCGGUGUGUGCUAGUGGCUGCAAGAAUGGUUAUUGUUCGGCACCGGAUUUUUGUACGUGUAAUCCAGGAUACCGUGACGAGAAUGGACACUGCGUUCCUGAGUGUACAAAUUGCUCCAAUGGCAGGUGCGUUGCACCGGAUCAAUGCAUGUGUGAUGCCGGAUACGUGAAGAGCAACAACGAUCGAUGUGUUCCGCAAUGUGAUCAAGCUUGUGUCAACGCCGAUUGUCGGGCACCAGGAGAGUGCAUUUGCAUUGAGGGUUUUCAAAAAACAGAUGACUCACAUGUUUGCAAUGCUGUUUGUCAACCGCCUUGUGAGAAUGGCGCCUGCGUGGGAGUAGAUCAGUGUGCUUGUUGGAAUGGUUAUCAACCGUCUGAAUCAAGCUCACAUAUUUGUGAAGCAUCUUGCGAUCCAGAGUUUAUUAAUAUAACCAACGGAGCCUGCAUAGCAACGAAUAUUCUGCGCUGUGAUGAAAGCUACUCUCUGCAAGUAUCUGAUGGUUAUAAACUAAGCUGUGGUUCCAAAUGUGUUCCGGCGUGUAUCAAUGGUAGCUGCACGGCUGAAGGCAUCUGCCGAUGCGAUCCAGGUUAUAAACUAGUGGCUGGAAGUAUCCAUGCAUGUGAACCUGUCUGUGAGCCAGCGUGCCAACACGCAGACUGUAUUGCUCCGAAUCAGUGCGCGUGUGAAGCCGGUUAUCGGAAAACUAUCGAAGAGCCUGAAACUUGCGCAUUCUUUUGUAAUCCAUUGGUUGUUGAUUGUUCGCUCGGUAACUGCACCGACGUGGACGAAUGUGAAUGCCCGGAAGGAUUCGAACUAGUGGAAGGUUCAGACGAAAUACUACGAUGUACUCCAAUGUGUGAUCCUCCUUGCAUUAAUGGAAACUGCGUUGAUGUUGAUUUUUGCGAAUGUCUACCUGGUUUUGAAUCGUCUAAUAGAUCGUUUUGUGAUCCAGUAUGUGGGGAGGAAUGUCAGAAUGCGUUCUGCUCUGGACCAAAUGUUUGCACGUGUCUGGACGGGUUUCAAUCGAUCAACGAAACCGACUGCAUCCCAUUUUGCGAUUCGAAGUUCGUGAACUGCACCAACGGACUUUGCAUUCAUCCGAAUGUUUGCGAAUGUGACGAUGGCUAUCGUCUUGCUGAUCAUGGAGGAAUUUUUCACUGCGAACCAGUUUGCACGGAGCUUCCUGCAAACCGUAUCUGUGUUGCUCCAGGGGAAACACGCUGUCUGGAUGGACACGAGGCCGAUAGCGAUGGGCAUUGCGCUCCAGUUUGCGAUCAGGACUGUGCUAAUGGAACCUGCAGUUCACCGAACUUCUGUCAGUGUCAUACGGGAUUCGCAGUUGAUGAAAGUGGUUCCUGUAGUAGUUCGAUUUGUGAGAUGAAUUGUACAGAAGAAUCUGGCAUUUGUAGCGAUCUGUUGUGCAUCUGCAACCUCGGUUAUAAUAACACUGAAAGUAAUUACUACUGUUCACCGAUUUGCGAGAACUGUGUGAAUGGUGAGUGUAUGGCUCCAGGGAUGUGUGUCUGUCUAAGUGGAUUCGAACAGUCCAACAGUUCGAAUAUUUGUGAGCCAAUAUGCAGCAACUGCUCUGCCGAAUGCUGUAUUGCUCCAGAAACGUGCCAUUGCAAGGAAAUUGCCAGUGCUGCCAGUGAAUAUAACGAAAGCACUACAGCUUUGAUAGUUUUGCUCUGUACAAUCACCGCUUUGUUGGCAGGAUUUGUGAUUUACAAAAUGUUCCGAAAAGCAAAACCCGGACAGUCCUACAAAUGCAAAUAUAAUCCCACAACCGAUCUUACCACCAUCGGAACUGAGGUGGAACAGGAUGAGGCCUCAGACCAGCGAUGAAGCCAACUUGAAUAAAUAAUUCCGGUGUUAAAUUUUUGUUAAUUUGUACCACAUAUAAAAUUGAUUGUGGCAAAAUCGGUUAGGAGCAAAUAUUAUUACCAGUUAGCUGAUUAAAAGCUCAUUUGUGAAACCACUUUGAUCGA